AUGUAUGUCAAGCAGAUCAUCAUUCAAGGCUUCAAGAGCUACAAGGACCAAACCGUUAUCGAGCCUUUUUCUCCUAAACACAAUGUCAUCGUCGGGCGCAAUGGUUCUGGCAAAAGUAACUUUUUCGCGGCCAUUCGAUUUGUUCUUAGCGAUGCCUACACUCACCUCGGUAGGGAGGAGCGUCAAGCUCUCUUGCACGAAGGUUCUGGUUCAGCUGUGAUGUCUGCCUACGUGGAGAUCAUUUUCGACAACUCAGACGACCGUUUCCCGACCGGCAAGCCAGAGCUGGUCCUUCGCCGUACCAUUGGUAUCAAGAAGGAUGAGUAUACCCUCGACCGCAAGAAUGCCACCAAGAACGACGUCAUGAACCUGCUCGAGUCUGCCGGUUUCUCUCGGUCCAAUCCCUACUAUAUUGUCCCUCAGGGUCGAGUCACCGCUUUGACGAAUAUGAAGGAUUCCGAAAGACUCGUUCUGUUGAAGGAGGUAGCUGGUACACAGGUCUAUGAAGCCCGUCGAACCGAGUCUCUCAAGAUUAUGAACGAGACCAACAGCAAACGGGCAAAGAUCGAUGAGCUUCUGGACUACAUUAAUGAGCGACUUGCCGAACUUGAAGAAGAAAAAGAUGAACUGCGAAGCUACCAGGAAAAAGACAAAGAAAGACGCUGCCUGGAGUACACCAUCUACUCUUUGGAACAGCAGGAGAUUGGUAAGGUCUUGAGUGAAAUCGAGGAGCGCCGACAGAACGGUGUUGAGGAUGCCGACAACAACCGUGAACAAGAGAACGAAUUGCAAAAUGCGAUCGAUCAGAUUGAUGCAGAGAUCACCGAAUGCCGUCAGCAGAUUGAGUUCCUCAAGGUCGACAAGGCCCAACUUGAAGAUGAGCGUCGCGAGGCAUCAAAGACCCUGGCCCAAAAUGAACUGCAGGCCAAAUCACUUUCUGAUAAUCAGGCCGCGGCUCAGGCAUUGAAGUCGCGAUACGAUGCCGACUUGACUUCUGUCCAGGAAGCCAUUCAGAAGCGUGAAUCCGAGCACCAAGAGAUUCUUCCCCGCUUCAAGGCUCUGAAAGACCAAGAGGAUGGAGUGAAAUCCCAACUUACCGACGCUGAAACAUCCCGCCAGCGCUUGUAUGCGAAGCAAGGACGUAACUCGCGUUUCAAGAACAAGUCUGAGCGUGACAAGUAUCUGAAUAUGGAAGUCCGCGAAAGUCACAACUCAAUCAAGUCUGUUCAAGGCGUGGUGUCCCAGACAGAAGAAGAUAUCCAGGAGCUGGAAUCCACGAUCACUGCCCUCGAACCUGAGAUGGAGCGCCUUCGUGAACAAAUUGAUGGGCGAGGCGACACCAUGCACUCUGUAGACCAAAAGGUGCAAGAUGCCAAGGAUGAAAGAGAUCGUUUGAUGGACCAGAGAAAGGAGCUCUGGAGAGAAGAAGCGAAACUGGACUCUGUCAUCUCAAACGCAUCCCAAGAAGCCGAUCGGGCCGAGCGCAGUCUAUCGUCUAUGAUGGACCACAAUACCAGUCGUGGAACGGCUGCUGUUCGUCGCAUCAAACGCCAGCACAACCUGGAGGGCGUUUAUGGUACGCUCGCUGAGCUUUUUGAUGUGAACGAAAGAUAUCGCACCGCUGUGGAAGUCACCGCAGGUCAGAGUCUCUUCCAUUACGUUGUUGACACGGAUGAGACUGCCACGACUGUGCUUGAGAUUCUUCAAAAGGAGAAAGCAGGUCGAGUGACAUUCAUGCCAUUGAACAGGCUUCGGUCUAGGCCUUUGGACAUGCCCCGCGCCAGUGACACAAUCCCAAUGAUUGAGAAAUUGCAGUACGACCCGGCAUACGAACGAGCCUUCCAGCACGUGUUCGGCAAGACUAUCAUUUGUCCCAAUUUGCAGGUUGCCUCGCAGUAUGCACGCAGCCACGGUGUCAAUGCUAUCACCCCUGAGGGCGACAGGUCAGACAAGCGCGGUGCUCUGACUGGUGGAUACCAUGACUCGCGGUCGUCUCGGCUUGACGCUGUUAAGAAUGUAGGAAAGUGGCGGGAUGAGUGUGAAACCAAGCGGAGCCGAGGCACCGAAAUCCGGAAGGAAUUGGAGCAACUUGAUCAGAUGAUCACAAAGGCCGUCGGUGACUUGCAGAAGCUUGAACAACAAAGACACCAAGUCCAGAACAGCAGUGGCCCGCUGCGUCAAGAGUUGCGCGGGAAGCGUGAUCUUGUCCAGAACAAGAAGGAUACUCUGGAUGCCAAACGGCGUGCGCUCCGGAACCUUGAGUCUAGCCUUGCAGCUCUAAAUGACCAAGUCAAUGCGUCGCAGGCGGAAUUGUCUACCCCCUUCCAGAAGGCCCUUACCGGCGAGGAAGAGGAGCGUCUGGAGACUCUGGGCGCUACAAUCAAAGAGCUUCGUCAACAAUAUCAAGAACUUUCCGGGGAGCGCAGCGAGCUGGAGGCUCGUAAGUCAGUACUGGAAGUUGAGCUUCGAGAGAACCUGAAUCCUCGUCUUGAUCAACUUCUCAACAGAGAUGUUGACAUUGCCGAUGAGGAGGCUCACGGUAAUCUCAAAGAAACUCAGCGUGAAGUCAAGCGACUUGGCAAGGCUCUAGAGAAGCUCACCGAACGACUGCAGCAGGUCGACACCUCGAUCGAGGAAGGCAGUGCUCGCAUUGUGGAGUUGCAACAACGUAACGCGGAGACCCGCCGCGAGGUUGAGGAGCUCCGUCGCUCCAUUGACAAACAUCGCCGUCGCAUGGAGAAGAGUACGCAAAAGAAGGCCGCGCUCACAAAGCAAGGUGCCGAAUGUGCAGCCAACAUCCGCUCACUGGGUGUCCUCCCCGACGAGGCAUUCACCAAGUAUCAAAACACUGAUUCCAACACCGUUGUCAAGAAGCUUCACAAGACCAACGAGGCUCUCAAGAAGUAUUCUCAUGUCAACAAGAAGGCGUUUGAGCAGUACAACAGCUUCACCAAGCAGCGCGAGACCCUGACCACUCGUCGUUCCGAACUGGAUGCCUCGCAAAAGUCCAUUGACGAUCUGAUCUCUGUUCUCGACCAGCGCAAGGACGAGGCCAUCGAGAGAACCUUCAAGCAGGUGUCUCGCGAGUUCCACAAUGUAUUUGAAAAACUGGUCCCCGCCGGCCGUGGUCGUCUGAUCAUUCAACGCAAGACAGACCGUGCGGCACGCCCCGGCGAGGAGGUCGAUUCCGACGAUGAAGAUGCCCGCCAGAGUGUGGAGAACUAUGUCGGUGUUGGCAUCAGUGUCAGCUUCAACAGCAAGCAUGACGAUCAACAGCGCAUCCAGCAGCUCAGUGGUGGACAAAAGAGUCUUUGCGCACUUGCACUUGUCUUUGCCAUCCAAGCUUGUGAUCCCGCCCCAUUCUAUCUCUUUGACGAGAUCGAUGCGAACUUGGACGCCCAGUACCGGACUGCUGUCGCACAGAUGCUCAAAUCGAUUUCUGACUCUACCAAUGGACAGUUCAUCUGCACCACCUUCCGACCCGAGAUGCUGCACGUGGCCGAAAAGUGUUACGGUGUGAGCUUCCGACAGAAGGCCAGUACCAUCGACGUGGUUUCGAGGGAGGAGGCUCUGAAGUUCGUGGAGGAGCAAAAGACGUGA